AAGAAGGAGAAAAGCACCGAAAACACACGAAGUAGAAAGCGGCUGUUGAACCUCGUGAAGCGGGAAUUGACAGCUCACUAACAUGGACUGGGGUCACAGUGAGCUGCCGUCUCCUGUGGUUCGAGAUGACGAGGUGACAGUUGCCGCCCGCAGGAGGAGAAAGAAGGUGGCCUUCCCAUCACUGGGCAGUGGUAGUCCUGUUUCUACGGUAACACCAGCCCGCCCUCUGCUGAGGGCCACUCCUGCUUCACUGUUCAGACAGGCUGUCACUCCCAGAGUUCCUGAUGUUUCCGCCAUUUUGCCUCCAGGAGGUCGAACACCUCGAUACACACACACACCCAGGAAUGCAGCCGGCAGUUUGAAUCUGGACGACAGCGACUGGACUAACAGCUUGUACCCGUCUCCUCUGUCUGGAGUGGAAAACACCAGCUUCUUCACCGAUGACAUCACCAACCUGAGCUCAGCUCUGCUGAAGGAGGACGAUCCAGGAGAAGCUGCGGCUGCCAGUCUCUUCCCAGAGUUCCUGGCGUCUUUCCUGAAGCAUGCGUCCUCCGCGGUGUUUGAACUGCUGGAGGAUUUUCAGACUCUGUGUCAGGACAAGGUGGACGUGCUGCAGUCUGUCGUCCUCAGAGCAGGUCAGAACAGUAAGACAGCAGGGGUUCGCUGGCUGCUGCAGCAGGAGAACAACACCUGGAGACUCAUCACCUCCCUUUACAGGGACCGGGUCCAGUUGGCGUUGGAAGAUGACAUCAUGGCAGACUUGACUGUUCCAAGUGAGAGUGAGAAGGUCGUGGUGGAGCAGCUUUUUCAGCGUGAUGCCGUCAUUCGACAGAGUCAGCUGGUCGUUGAUUGGCUGGAGUGCAUCGCCAAGGAUCAUAUAGCAGAUUUUUCUGACAACAUAGAAUAUUACGCCAAAAACGUCUGCUGGGAGAACACACUUCAUGCUCUGAAGAUGAGGAGGAAGAGCGGAACUGCCUUCACUGUCCCUCUGGUCACUGAACUGGACCCGGAUGCUCCUCUGCGGCAGCAGCGCCCCCUGGCUGACCUGGACAGAGAGGACGACGCACGGCUGCUGAAGAAUCUGUUCACACUGAUCAGAGCAGGAAUGACUGAGGAGGCUCAGAGACUGUGUAAACGCUGUGGUCAGGCCUGGAGAGCUGCCACUCUGGAAGGAUGGAAACUGUACCAUGAUCCCAACAUGAACUCAGGCAGUUUAGAGCUGCAACCUGUGGAGGGAAACCCUCAGAGAGGCAUCUGGAAAGCCUGCUGCUGGAGAAUGGCUGAGGAGGAGCAGUUGAACAGAUAUGAGAGAGCGAUCUACGCCAGCCUGAGUGGGAACAUCAAACCGCUGCUGGCAGUGUGUGAGUCGUGGGAGGACAGUGUGUGGGCUUAUUUCAGGGUCAUGGUCGACUCGCUGGUGGAAAAGGAUCUGAUGUCGUCGGGGAUGACCCACCAGGAGGUGGAGACGCUGCCGAGAGAAUACCUGGAGGCCAAUUGGACGAUGGAGAAAGUGUUUGAGGAGCUUCAAGCUUCAGAAUCUAAGAGAGUGUUGGAGGAGACCAGAGAACAUUACCACGUCAUCCAGAAGUUCAUCGUUCUUGGAGACCUGGACGGUCUGAUGGAGGAGUUCUGUGAUUGGCUGAAGGCCUCUAAGCCCCUCCCCUCUCACCUGCUGCGCUUCAUGACUCACCUGGUUCUGUUUUUUAGAUCUUUGGGUUUUGCUCUGAAGGAGGACGUGUGUGUGGACGUGUUAAAGUCCUACGUCUCCCUCCUGGUCCGGGACCAGCAGACCGACCUGGUGGCCAGUUACGUGGGUCAGUUACCGUCUGAAGUGUCCACGGCUCAGUACGCCACUUUUCUGGAGACGGUCACUCAGACGGAGCUCCGCCCACACUGCCUGCAGCUCGCCACGGAAGCCGGUCUGGAUGUGGCUGCGAUAACAAAGCUGGUGGUGGAGACGGUGAGAGAGCGAGACGACCCGGAGUUCACUCACCACAACCACACGCUGGAGACGGCGACGACACCGGACGACCAGAAGAAGAUCGAUAUCAUCGACUGGCUGCUCUUUGACCCCGCCCACCGCGCCGAGGCCCUGAAGCAGUCUAACGCCAUCAUGAGGAAGUUUCUGGCUUUACAGAAACAUGACGCGGCGAAGGCCGUGUUCUCUAAAGUUCCAGAAGAUUCCAUGAAGGAGGUUUGUUGUCAGUGGGCGGGCGUCGGUCAGCACACUUUACCUGCCGAGGACGAGAACGCCAUCAGAGAACACCUGUGCAUCAGAGCUUACCUGGAAGCUCAUGAGGCAUUCACUGACUGGUUCAGCCACAGUAGCUCCGCCCCCCAGAAGCCGCCGCCCGCCCCCGAGGCCAAAUUCACAGAGAGAGUAGCCAAUGAGAUGAGAGAGAAGGAAUACCAGGUGUCUCUGGGGGCGUGGUCAUGUCGUCUGGACGUCCUGACCGAAGACGUGAAAGAGAGAAUCUACAAUGUGCUGUUGUUCGUAGACGGAGGUUGGAUGGUCGACAACAGACAGGAUUCCGAGCAGGAUUCCGAUCGUAGCCAUCAGAUGGCAGCGCUGCGUUCCCUGUGUCUGCCUCGCCUAAGCUUCCUGUUGCUCAGCGUGCUGCAGAACUCGUCCAGACACCAGGAGGCGCUGCGGCUCGCUGACAUCAUCUCAUCUGACCAGCAUCGCCUCUACCAGGUUUUCUCUAAAGACGAGCUGAGGAGGUUCCUGCUGAAACUGAGAGAGUCGUCACUCGCUCUGUUGGACCGAGGACUCGACCCACUGGGCUACGAGCUGCAGCCGUGACCACGCACGCACGCACACACACACGCACGCACACACACACACAGUGUCUGUCAUUUUGAAUUCUCCUCAUGUCUUUUUGGUAAAUAAAAACCUGUUUCUUGAACUGAA